GACAAUACCAUGGAGGAGGGAUUUAAGAAAUCGUUGAUUAUUUGAUAUAGGACUAAUUACCUGUUCCAAAUAGAUGUGUAUUUAUAACGAAUAUAUAUACCGUCCCCACGUCUAUCUGAGGAGUAAAUAUGAUCAAUAUUUCGUUCGGAAACCUCGACUGCCCAUGUCUACCCUAAGAAUGGAUGCUCCCUACGAACUCAUCUACUACACAGGCGUCCCCGGCAGGGGAGAACACAUCAGACUGAUACUCGAGGAAGCUGGUGUCUCGUAUAAAGACACUUCAUCUCUCCCUAUCGAUAAAUGCCGCGAAGCUGUUACAGCUUACCUUGCUCCUGAAUAUAAAGGCGAACAGGGAAACCCACCUUACUACGCUCCUCCUCUCUUCAAGCAUGGUGACCUGAUCAUAUCUCAAACGAGCAAUAUUCUCAUGUACCUUGGUCCUAAGCUAGGACUUUCGGGGCCGCAAGAGAAUGAUAUCUAUCGAGUAAACGCCUUCGCUCUUACCGCGCUCGACGGUUUGAGUAAUGAAGUCCACGAUACCCACCACCCGAUUGCUGUUGAGCUGUACUAUGAAGACCAGAAGGAGGAGAGCCGGCGACGCAGCAAGGAAUGGAUCAAAAACCGGCUACCUAAGCAUAUCGGAUACUGGCAGAAGGUGCUAGAGAGCGAAGAAUGUGGUCAGGGCCCGUGGCUGUUAGGGAACACUUUCACCUAUGCCGAUCUGGUAUUAUUCCAGUGCCUCGAUGGUGUCCAGUUCGCCUUCCCAAAAGCUAUGAAUCAGGCGAAAGAAUCCGGAAAAUACGACAAGGUCUUCCAGCUGUGGGAAGCCGUCAAGGCUCGACCAAACAUAGCCGCGUACCUCGCUAGCGACAAAAGACAGAAGUACGACUGGGGCAUUUACCGCUACUAUCCUGAUAACGACGUCCUUGCCGAGUAAUCCUGAUCAUAGAGUAAGCCUAGGGUAUGGAGCAAGAAUGACAAAUACCUAAUGUGGAGUAUUGAAAUGAGUGAAAGAAAGGGGAUAGGAAUUUGUCAUAAAUAGUACCUAACAUAAUGUAGGUAUUAACGGUGAAAAUCAGAGGAGCUCUACUAUAAGAAGUUAACAACUUAAAUUCUAGUGCUAGGUAUCUGGUUAAACGCAUAUAUCGUAUUACAUGUCACUAUCGGA